GCGCUGCAGUAUAAUGGUGAUACUGCUGAACUGUGUGACCCUGGGCAUGUACCAGCCCUGUGAGUGUAAAAACUGCUCUACGGACCGCUGUCAGCUACUGGAGACCUUCGAUGGGUUCAUCUUUGUCUUCUUUGCGGUGGAGAUGGUGGUGAAGAUGUUGGCUCUCGGAAUCUUCGGCCGCCGCUGUUACCUUGGCGACACGUGGAACCGUCUGGAUUUCCUAAUCGUCAUGGCAGGGAUGUUGGAGUACUCGAUGGACCAACAGGACAUCAACCUCACGGCCAUUAGGACAGUCCGAGUCCUGAGACCCCUCAAAGCCAUCAACAGAGUACCCAGUAUGCGUAUCCUGGUCAAUCUUCUCCUGGACACCCUGCCCAUGCUGGGAAAUGUCUUGCUCAUUUGCUUCUUCGUCUUCUUCAUCUUCGGCAUUAUUGGAGUACAGCUGUGGGCGGGGAAGCUGAGGAACCGCUGCUACCCUGAGGAGAAUUUCACCCUUACUUCAGGCAUCACCCUGCCUCACACCUACUACAUGGUUGACACUGAAGAUGAGCGGCCCUUCGUCUGCUCCCUCUCCCAAGAUGGAGGUAACUUGAAGUGCGCCAACAUCCCUGCCCGUCGGCAAGGAAACAACACCUGCUGCCUGAACAAGGACAACGUGACACAACUGAGCGGGUUGUCAAAUGGGUCCGGACUUUGCGUCAACUGGAACCAGUACUACACGCGCUGUCUCACCGGGGACAAGAACCCACACAAAGACGCCAUCAGCUUUGAUAACAUCGCCAGGGCUUGGAUUGUCAUCUUCCAGGUGAUAACUCUGGAGGGUUGGGUGGAGAUCAUGUACUACGUGAUGAAUGCUCACUGCUUUUAUAACUUCAUCUACUUUAUACUGCUCAUCAUUAUUGGCUCCUUCUUCAUGAUCAACCUGUGCCUGGUGGUGGUGGCCUCCCAGUUCAGUGAGACCAAGCAGCGAGAGCACCAGCUGAUGGAGGAGCAGAGGGCCCAAGCAAACUCCUGCUCCACCCUGGAUGGCCUGACCGAGCCCUCGGCCAGCUGCUACGAGUCUGUUUUCCAACUGGUCCUCCACGUCCUCCGCAAAGCCUGCAGGAUCUCCAAGGCCCUUUUUAACCGCCUGUUGGGGAGGACCAAGGAGGUGCCAGGACCGGUGAGAAGAGGGGAGAGGGCUAACAUGAAUGGAGGCGGAAAAGGAGAAGGAGGAGAGAGGAGAGGGCCACACCCGCAGGCGGUCCCCUGUCCUCACCACUCCAAGCCAGGCCACGCCCCCUCUGGCGACCCCUUGACCCUCCCUGUCUCCCACAACACCAGUGGCUGCCCUGGUUGCGUCGGGGCUCUGUCAGGCAGCGACGGGGCGGGACCCGAGGGCGGCCUCGCGGUGGAGGUGGCUACUCACGAGGCAGGAGGAGAGGACAGCCAACACGGUGCCGGGAUGGACGACGGGAAUGACGAUGCCGCAGCUAAGGACUCUGGGGGAUGUAGGCGAGGCUGUGGAAAGUUGUGGCACGAGAUGAGGUCCAAGCUGUGUGGGAUCGCGAAUAGCAAGUACUUCAAUAGGGGAAUUCUGAUCGCCAUCCUCAUCAACAGCAUCAGUAUGGGAAUUGAACAUCACAAUCAGCCAGAUGAACUGACCAACAUCCUAGAAAUCUGUAACAUAGUUUUCACCAGCAUGUUUGCGUUGGAGAUGAUUCUGAAGAUAACGGCAUUCGGGUGCCUGAUGUACCUGAAGUUCCCGUACAACGUGCUUGACGGCAUCAUCGUCAUCAUCAGUGUGUGGGAGAUCGUGGUCCAGCGCGACGGGGGCCUGUCCGUGUUGCGGACCUUCCGGCUGCUGCGUGUGGCCAAGCUGAUCCGCUUCAUGCCGGCCCUGAGGAGACAGCUGGUGGUGCUGAUGAAGACUGUGGACAGCGUGGCCACCUUCUGUAUGCUGCUGAUGCUCUUCAUCUUCACAUUCAGUAUCCUGGGGAUGCAUAUAUUUGGCUGUAAGUUCACCCAGAGGACCGAGACAGGAGACACAGUCACAGACCGGAAGAACUUUGACUCUCUACUCUGGGCCAUCGUCACUGUGUUUCAGAUCCUGACCCAGGAGGACUGGAACGUGGUUCUGUAUAACGGCAUGGCUGCCACGACCCCCGCGGUCGCGCUCUACUUCGUGGCUCUCAUGACUUUCGGUAACUACGUCCUCUUCAACCUGCUGGUGGCCAUCUUGGUGGAGGGCUAUCAGGCUGAGGGAGAUGCAAAUCGCUCCUUCUCGGAUGAAGACAGCUCCCACUCUAAUGUUGACGGGAGUGAGAAGCUUGAUGAUUGUCUGAAGUUGUCUGAGGAGAAGACCGCUCCCGACCACCUGGAGUUGACCCAGCUGACCCCUAUGAUAACCCCCAGUGGGUCGUUUUCCCUGGGGUCACGCAAGAGCAGCAUGAUGAGUCUGGGCCAGGAGCAGAGGAGAUCCUUUUCUCUGCGCCACGGCCGCAGUUCCGUGUACCACAAUUGGGGGCGCCCUCCACUUCAGGGUGCUUGGAGUCGCAGGUCCAGCUGGAACAGUGUGGGUCAUCCCUCCCAGCGUCUGGGCCGUGUGGACGGGGCGGUACUGGGAGGAAGCCUCCGCGCCCGGAGACCCCGCCCCCACUCCCCUUACCUUGAUGAGUGCGAGUCCCUCUUAACCCGUCGUGGAAAAGCCUCCCUUCUCCUCUCCCCGGACUACCUCUCCCGCCGUGCUCUCUCCCUGGAGCUCCCCGACACUCUCCAGGUCCCCGGGGGAGAUCCGGCUAGCCCCGAGCCCAGGAAGAGGAGCGUUUCCGGUGGGGGGAGCGGCGGUGUGGGAGCAAAGCGUCAUGACUGUAACGGGAAGAUGCCCGUUCCUGUUUCCCAGGAGGCCCUGUCCCUGGCAGAGGUCUUCCCCCAGCUCAACAUCGCCAAGGACAGACCAGACCUCGAUGAAGAUACUGUGUGUUUCCGUAUCCGUACGGUGUUGGAGGUUUACCGGCCUGCCUGCUGUGAGAGGAGGAAGGACUGGAGUAUCUACCUCUUCUCACCACGGAAUGAGUUCAGACUGUUGUGCCAGUCAAUCAUUACCCACAAGCUUUUUGACUACGUCAUAUUAGUCUUCAUCUUUCUCAACUGCAUCACCGUGGCGGUGGAGAGACCUAAUAUAGUGCAAGACAGCUGGGAACGACUUGUCCUCAGCAUCUCCAAUUAUGCCUUCACAGCCAUUUUUGUAGCCGAGAUGACUAUCAAGGUGGUCUCUCAGGGUCUGUACCUGGGUGAGACGGCCUAUCUGAGGAGCAGCUGGAAUAUUCUGGAUGGUUUCCUGGUCUUCAUCUCAUUGAUUGACAUCAUGGUAUCCAUGGUAGCCGAGGCUAAGAUCCUGGGGGUGCUGAGGGUGCUCAGACUGCUCAGGACACUACGCCCCCUCAGGGUGAUAAGUAGAUUUCCAGGGCUGAGGUUGGUGGUAGAGACUCUCAUCACUUCUUUGAAGCCCAUAGGAAAUAUCGUCCUCAUCUGCUGUGCCUUCUUUCUCAUCUUUGGCAUUCUUGGCGUGCAGUUUUUCAAGGGGAAGUUCUACCACUGUGUGGGCAAGAAUGUGAAGAACAUCACCAGCAAGUCCGACUGUAUCCAGGCCAAUUACCAGUGGAACAAUCAAAAAUACAACUUUGACAAUCUGGGAAAGGCUCUGAUGUCUCUGUUUGUGGUGGCGUCCAAGGAUGGUUGGGUGGACAUCAUGUACCAGGGCCUGGAUGCAGUGGGGAUAGACAAGCAGCCGAUCAUCAACCACAGACCGUCCAUGCUGCUCUACUUCAUCUCCUUCCUCCUCAUCGUCAGUUUCUUCGUCCUCAACAUGUUUGUCGGCGUGGUGGUCGAGAACUUUCAGAAAUGCAGACAGAACCAGGAGGCAGAGGAGGCCAAGAGGAUGGAGGAGAAACGACAGAGACGCUUGGAGAAGAAGAGGAGGAAGGCUCAGAAGAUCCCCUACUACGUCAGCUACAGCAACGGCCGUCGGUUGAUCCACAGCCUGUGCACGAGCCACCACCUGGACCUCUUCAUCACCUUCAUCAUCUGCGUCAACGUCAUCACCAUGUCCGCAGAGCACUACAAACCACCCCAGUCUCUGGUGACGGCUCUGAAGUACUGUAAUUAUUUCUUCACGGCCACCUUUGUGGUUGAAGCUCUUCUGAAGCUCAUCGCCUUCGGCUUCCAACGCUUCUUCAAGGACAGGUGGAAUCUGCUGGACCUGUUCAUAGUGGUGUUUUCGGUGGUGGGCAUCGUCCUGGAGGAGAUGCACCACAACAACUUUCUACCCAUCAACCCCACUAUAAUCCGAAUCAUGAGAGUACUGCGCAUAGCAAGAGUGCUGAAGCUGUUGAAGAUUGCUGAGGGGAUGAGGGCUCUUCUGCAUACGGUGGUACAGGCACUGCCUCAGGUGGGAAACCUGGGCCUGCUGUUUGUGUUGCUGUUCUUCAUCUACGCUGCCCUGGGGGUGGAGUUGUUCGGAAAGAUGGUCUUUAACGCUGAGCACCAGUGUGAGGGCAUGGGUCCACACGCUUCGUUUAAGCACUUUGGCAUGGCAUUACUGACCCUCUUUCAGGUCUCCACCGGAGACAACUGGAACAGCAUUAUGAAGGACACCCUGAACGACUGCCCUUCGGGCCUCAGUGAUUACCAUUGCCAGCCCGGCUUCCAGUUCAUCUACACCAUCUACUUUGUCUCCUUUGUCCUCACCGCUCAGUUUGUGCUCAUGAACGUAGUGGUGGCUGUGCUCAUGAAGCACUUGGAUGACUCCAACAAGGUGGCCCUGGAGAAUGCUGAGAUGGAUGCGGAGAUUGAGUUGGAGCUGGCCCGGGGACAACUCCAACUGGCAAGCUGCUGCAUGGGACGCCUGGCCAUGGGGGUGGUCGUGGCCGGAAUCGGACCGUCCUCCGGAGAUGGGGGGGAAGAUGGAAGGGCCAGGGGUGGCCAGGAGGGGGUGACCGGAGCCCCAGAAGAUUACAGAGAAGACGCUCCAUCCAGUGGAGGUGGACAUGAAGAACACAGGCGACAUCACAAAGGGAGUCUCCACUCUCCUGCCCUGGAGAACCAGUGGUUGGACAGUGUGUCCUUGUUGAUGAAGGACUCGUUUGAAGGAGAGAUGCUGAUGAUAGAUAACCUCUCUGGCUCGGUUUUCCACCACUACUGCUCUUCCACUGCACCGGUCUGCAAUCGCUGCAAGGCACACCUGCAGGAGAUCCAAUUGGCUGAGGCAGAGCAGGCCUCUCUGAUGUCAGAUGAGCAGAUGUCUGACAGAUCCUCUUCACUGGCCCUCCCCGAUGACCUCAGUCUCCAUGACCACAGUGUCUGCCAACUCAUGAUCAAGGAAAGAAAGGAGGGAAAAGGGAGCAGUUUUGAGGAUUUGACGGGCCUCCAGUCCGGGUGUGGAGGGUGUGCCUGGCAUGGUGGGUCCCUGUUCCCCAGCAGAGGGCCUGAGGACAGGGUAGAAGGCCUGCUGGAGGUGGGUGUCCACCCCCAGUACCAGAGCCAGUCCCCUCGGUUCCUCUACCACUUGCCAGCCCACAGCAGAGCGGACGGCGUCCAGAGUGGCGGCAGCGAUAGAGGUGUCCCGUGCAACAAGGGCUCCACCUCCCCUCCUCUAUUCCAUCUCCCAGCGGAGUUCUUCCACCCCGCCACGACUGUCCCAACAUCCAGCCCCGGACCAGGGGGAGACCCUGGGGGGAGACGGGCAUCCAGGCUCCCCACCCCAGCCUCCUGGGUCUCUCUACGCUCCCCAGGGGCCAAAGGCAGAGCCCCGGGCACUCGGCGGCCAUCCCACAGCGACUCGUCCCUGGCCACGGGGAGCUCCGAGGGCAGUCUACAGACCACCAUGGAGGAAGGACUGAGUCUCAGUGUCUCCCCUCCGCGACUUCCCCUGGCCCUGCCUCUCCUAUGCCCUCUACUAGACCCGAGAGAAACCCUACAAACCCCAAGACCACUGGGUCGCCCCUCGACGAGAGGGCGCAGUACCGCAUUUAACCUCCAAGCCACUAGAGGACACCAGAGGAGCCAGAGCAGCUGUGGCGGCAGUUCCAGUCCUGGAUGCCCACGGCAAGACUCCAUGGAACCAUCAGAUGACGAUUGCGGGAUCGGAACGGGAGGAGAAGGAUGCAGUCAGGCGUUUAACAGCGAACAGUUUUCGGAGACGCUUAGUAGCUUAUCCCUCAUGUCACUGCUGUCGCCAAGCUCUCUAGCGCCGCCGCUGGUGCAAAAGUGCAAUAGCACAGGUAGUCUGGCCAACUUGUCUGUCAGGAGUAAAGACGGGCGCCAGUACUACAGGAUCGACGCUCAAGGCUACCUCCCCAACCCUUGGACUGAGGAGACAGAAAGAGAGGACGGGAAGACAGGGUUUGGAGUAACAAGUAUGGGCCAGUCGAUGGGCGCUGGCUCGAGGAAAAACAGAUGAAAGUAUUCUCUGUCAGUUGGAAUGUUAUUGUUUUCUCAUUCUCUCCAGGAACGGAGAGACGUUUCACAUCCGCCCCAACAAACUCCUCUCUCCUCUCUUACUUCGUCAUCGGCGAAGUAUCCAUGUUCUCAUGUUCCCAUGACGACUACGCUGAAGCAGUGGUUCACAUUUCACGCGGAUUACAAUGACUUCGUACGACUAAUGGAAUUUCAUUAAAGCGCAGAGUCUGAGACGUGGACCUGUGUUCACUCUUUGGAAAUGCCAGAGAUAAUGACAGAAAUGCUGUACCGAUGUUUUGUUUAGCCUUGGGGGACAUGUUAGUUCUACACUGGGCAGAGUCACCCUCAUCUAUACAGAAGAUAAAGAACUGUUGGAGCAAUGUCUUCCCCUGAGGGAAACCAUUGGAUUCUCCGUGGUAAAACAUUCUAGCCUUGCCUAGAGGUUAAGUUCUUGUGCUCGACAACAGGGCUAGCAUAGUUUAGCAUCUAUUGCUAGGCCAACGCUUGUGCCCUCUUGCAAAAAAAAAAAAGGUGUUUAUAAUGAAGAUAGGCAGAUUGUUGUAGGAGUCCUUUCGUUGAGACUGUACAGAUUCCAGUUUUUGUAAAAUUCACAUCUAUAAGGUAGCACUGAUGACCAAGAUUUUCUUUUCCCUUUUUUAGCUGACUUCAUUUAAUAGACAUAAGAAAAUCAAGGUUGCGUAUUUAAUGUGUUUUUUUAACUGAAGAGACCACGUCAGAUCAGAUACUGUGUGAAUGUACAGUCAAUACGUGGGCCUCUGCAUGUGUGACAGUGUGAUUUAAAGGCCAGUCUUGGAAUACUAUAAAAGACGAAAGAACACCUUUGAUUGGAAAAAAGCAAUAUGUAAAAUCUAUAUUAAAGAGACUUUUGGGGGGGGGGGGUGAAUGAGAACCUAGGCUGUAAAAUAAGCGGUAAAGGCACAAAUUACCCAGGCACUGAGGGCGUAAGAGAAGAUGUUCUUUUCCCAUGGGAUAAAUGCACCAUGUUCAUAUAUUCAGUGAGAUUGGCAACCAUCUUAGUCGGUGAACGUUCUGGUGGUUGAAUUCAAAGGAAGUCCCAGUCAGUUUCUGAAAUGGGGUACUUGUCUUUUGUUGUAGCCCCCCCUCCGCGGCAUAUGCGAACUGUGUUUUGUCAGUGUUUUGAAGGAACACUUUAUACCUCAGGUGGACUGCCGUGCACGCACAAGUGAAUCAAUAAAAAGCAUUAAAGGAAUUUCAAAGCUCACACUCCGAGGCACAAGCAAAAACACACUGGCACGUAUACGCACAUACACAAGACACACGCGCCUACAAAGAUGUCAAAGAUGUCAUUUUAACUGCAGUCUAUUUAUCUUACAGAGAGAUCAGAAAGAAACCUCUUUCUCUUCAUUUGUUUAAUGAAAGGUGACUUUACUAUUUUUCAGCCUCAUGUUUCAUAACACUGAGUAGUGUCUGGUUGACGGAGAGGUUAAACGAAUAUGAGGUUAAAAAGUAGCGAACUUUAUCUUUGAAAAUGCACAUAGGAAAGCUAUUUUAUAAUACUUAUAAUACCCCCAUAGAGGAGAUGUGUAAUAUGUGGUGUAGACAGAUAUGUUGUAUUAGAGAGCUAUAGAUGAACAAUCUGAAAUAGGGUUUCCAAAAACUGUUAUUCAUAAGUGAAUGAAUGUAGUAAAAUGUCGGUAACACUUUAUUUUGAGUCCCAAAAUUGUGUCUGUUGACCCUCUUCAGAUUAUCUACCUACUAAACCUUCUAAACUUAACCUUUACAAGCAGCUGCUUAUCGACAGAUAGCUCGUUGAGCGUUUGUUGAUAGUAUGACUAUCUAUAGAACAUCUACAGAUGGAAAAUUGGGAAAAAUGAAGUGUAACCAAAAUGCCUGCAGGAUUCAGAGAGUAAUAAGUCGUCUUGCUCGACUGUGGAAUGUCCGAUAUGCUUUCCCCCCAAAGUUGCAUGCUGCUAAUCUUUUCUGCGAUGUAAUUUUAGAGUAAUGUAAAAUGGAUUAGCUUCUCAACACUGGUUUAUUCUUAAGACAUUUCAUUUUGCAUGAUGAACUCUCUUUUCUCUGAUGUGUCAUCAUUCAUGUGAAUUCCAAACCACUUUUUGUCUCCUCAUGUUGACCACUGAUCCUUUUUGUGAGAGGUCCAAAGUCUCAUUCUGACACAAAUGUUUAUAGUUACAUUACUGCGUCACCAAGUAGCAGUUCCAUGGGAUCCCCUGCAAUUGACAUCUCAGUUUCAAUGCAUAUUUAAUACUGAUUGACUGAA